AUGUCGGCCAAACGGCGGGACAAGUCCAAGAAAUCACAUGAAACUGUCAAUCCACCCGAAUCUUUCUCUGUCGCCCAAAGCUCGUCUUCCAGGAAGAAUCAAGUGUACGACAAAGUCAACUUUGGCCUCGAUGCAUUGGGAAAUAUAUCCGAGGGUUCAGAUGUACUUGCUCCUCUCAAAGCAGCAUGUCGAACGACGAAAUCUGUCCUUGAUAUCAUGCAGGCUAUCGAGAGCAACCAGGAAGAAUGGACGAACCUAACACAGCGUCUGAAGGGAUACAUGAGCGGACUCGAGAAGCAAACCACUUUGUUCGAGGCAUAUGCCGCAAACGAUAGGGCUUUCGACGAGGCACUGAGACAGCCACUGAUGCACUAUUUCAAAGCUCUCGAAGAUAUCCAUGAUACGGUGGUCGAAGUGAGGGAGAAACGAAGUCGCAGCAAACUUGGGUUCUUGAAAUCUAUGAGCAAAGUGAAGAUCGAUGCUGGAGAGAUUCGUGAACUCAACAGAGAUAUCGAGGAGGACAUCGGCAGUUCAUGGAAGCGUUGGGUAUUUUUACUGCACUGCGUGCUCAAGACAUUCAACAAAAGAUCUAUUCUUCAGUUACCGACAGUCGCAUUCGCCGCGUCCUCGGUUCAUACGACCUGUCUGAAAGGAACGCGUGAGGCAGUCCUUCAGAUGAUCUGGCGCUGGGCCAGUGAGGUGCCGUCGGAGAAGCCUAUAUUUUGGCUGUGUGAUAUAGCUGGGUCCGGCAAGUCUACAGUCGCAAUGUCCGUAGUCGAAUCAUGGCGGAACGAAGGAGUGUUAGGGGGUCGAUUCUUCUUCUCCAUGGCAAACAAUGACGCAUCGACCACGGACAAGUUCUGUUCGACCAUCGCAAGAGACCUCGUCCAGUACAUCCCUGAUCUCAGACCCCAUAUUGCCAAAGCUGUGGAACAGAACCCUUCUUUCAUGCGAAGUUCUGUGGAUGAGCAACUUCGGACGCUCAUCACGAAUCCACUCCUCCAGUCAGACAAGCGCGUGAUCCUCGUCAUCGACGCUAUCGACGAAUGCAAAUCUGGAUCACAGCGAAGAGAACUUCUCGAGGCGCUUGCUACCGCUGCUCGAGAGUGCGCGAACCUCAAAAUCUUUCUCACCAGUCGGCCAGAUCCCGUCAUCGAGGCGGUCUUGCAGGGACUUUUGAUCAAGGAAAAGUUGGAAAACCGGCUUCACGAUGUGAAGCACCCAGAUACCACAAACGAUAUCGCGGUGUAUGUGCAUCAUUCGUUGCAUGAAGUCCUACCGCAGGACAAGAGACCGCGUCUGGCCGAAAAGGCCAACGGGUUAUUCAUCUGGGCGAGCACUGCAUGUCGAAUGCUCACGAGUGAAACCAGAUUGAGUUCACCCGAGGAUGUUUAUGACCGUCUGAUCUCUCUGGACCAGCCAGGAGUGAUCGACGACCUAUAUAAUCUUAUCUUCGAGCGGACAGACCCCGAGUACUACGCGGUCAUGUGUUCAAUGCUGGCGCUGCUGCAUGGUGCAUUUGAACCACUAACGGUGGACGAUCUGGACGAUCUAGUGAAGCAUGCAAAAGUACGGGGAAGUGCCAGGGCCCUGGUACAGAAUCUAGGAAGCGUACUCAGUGUGGAUUCAAAGACGGAUCUGAUCCAAUUCCGCCACCCAACGCUGGUCGAGUACCUUCGACGGUGCUCGAUCCCCCAAGGUGGCGAUAACCGAAAUAAACUAUAUAUCGAUAUCGGCAAUGCUCACGGUCAAACAGCAUCGUGGUGUCUGAAGCGGUUCAAGUUGCUUAAUGGAGGACUCAAGUUCAACAUAUGUGAAAUCGAAUCCUCUUUCUUCCUAAACAGGCAGAUUCCGGAUCUGGAAGAGAGAAUUUCAAAGUUCAUUCCAAGAAGACUUCGAUAUGCCGGUUUGCAUUGGUUAUUUCAUUUGGCGGAAACGGACGACGGGUGGCGAACUAGGCUAAAGGACGGAAUUGAACACGUGAUAAAAAGCCCAUAUGUCCUAUACUGGAUGGAGGUUCUGAGUUUCACCGGAGGGGUACCAAGGGCGAUAGCGGGACUUCGAGCCGUUGCGCGCCAUAGAAGAAUUGAAGAGGAGACGAGGACGAUGAUGACGGAGGUCCGACGGUUUCUAAUGGCAUUUUCGGUGCCGAUUCAAGACAGUGCUCCGCACAUCUACAUCUCAGCAUUAGCGUUUAGUCCGAGGAAGUCAAUCCUUCACAGCGAGAGACUGAAACGGCAUGCCAAUACUCUCAGUGUGACCCAGGGAUACGAGGAGACGUAUCCUGGGCUUCCCAGGGCUCUUCAAGGUCAUGGGGGCAGGGUCUACGCUGUCAAGUUCUCUCCAGAUGGAACACACAUAGUCUCUUGUUCGGGAGACAAGACGAUUCGACUGUGGGACGCAGAAACCGGCCAGAGAUUGGGGGAGCCGUUUCGCGGACAUACAUCUGAAGUAUUUUCCAUUGGAUUCUCGGCAGAUGGUUCCCGAAUUGUCUCUGGUUCGAAUGAUAAGACAAUUCGAGUCUGGGAGGCGGACACCGGCCAGCCUUUAGGAGCGCCACUGCGUGGUCACGAAGACGGCGUCCUGACCGUUGGAUUCUCGCCGGACGGAUCAAAAAUUGUCUCUGGAUCGUAUGAUAAUACGAUUCAAGUGUGGGAUGCAGACACUGGCCAGGCGCUGGGAGAGCCAUUCCGAGGUCAUGAGGGUUGGGUCUAUGCCGUAUCAUUCUCGCCAGAUGGAUCACGAAUUGUCUCUGGCUCUGCUGACCAGACAGUUCGGUUGUGGGAUGCACAUACCGGCCAACCCGUGGGAGAGCCAUUCCGAGGUCAUGAUGCUCGGGUUGUGGCCGUAGGAUUCUCACCAGAUGGCUCAAUGAUAGUCUCUGGCUCGUGGGAUCGGACCAUUAGACUGUGGGAGGCAGAUACCGGCCAACAUGCGGGAGAGCCAAUCCGAGGUCACGAAGGUUGGGUCUAUGCCGUGGGAUUCUCUCCAGACGGGUCACGGAUUGUCUCUGGCUCAUCGGACCAGACCGUUCGGCUAUGGGAAGGAGAUACUGGUCAGCCAGUAGGAGAGCCUCUUCGAGGUCAUUAUUCUAGUGUCAACGCGGUCGCAUUCUCGCCUGACGGCUUUUUAAUCGCGUCUGGUUCGCACGACAAGACGAUUCGACUAUGGGACGCAGACACGGGACAACCUUUGGGAGAGCCACUCCAAGAUCACGACCCCUCGGUGAUGGCCAUCGCAUUCUCACCGGACGGCCUGCGAAUUGUCACUGGAUCGGAAGAAAAGACGCUUCGGCAGUGGGACGCACACACUGGUCAGCUUUUAGGAGAGCCAUUCCGAGGUCAUGAAGACUCCGUCAGGGCUGUUGCAUUCUCACCAGAUGGCUCUCGAAUUGUUUCCGGUUCGAGCGACAGCACCAUUCGGCUAUGGGAUGCAGACACUGGUCUGGCGUUGGGAGAGCCGCUUCGAGGACACAAAGCGGAUAUAUUGGCUAUCAGAUUCUCACCAGAUGGCUCAAAGAUCGUCUCUGCCUCAUGCGACAACAUGAUUCAACUGUGGGACGCUGCGACCGGUGAGUCGCUGGGAGAGCCAGUCCGAGGUCCUGAAGAACAGGUGGCAGCCAUCGCGAUCUCGCCGAACGGGUCCCAAACUGUCACUGGAUCCCGAAUACUUCGUGGUCCAGAAACACUCUCUCAAAAGACAAUUCGAUUGUGGGAGACAAAUACUGGUCAACCAUUAGGAGAGCCACUCCAAGGACACGAAGCUCCGGUCGCUGCCGUCAGAUUCUCCCCAGACAGCUCACGAAUUGUGUCCGGCUCACACGACCGCACCGAGCCACUCCGAGGACACAGCGGACCUAUCAACACUUUCAAGUUCUCGCCUGACGGCUCACGGAUUGUCUCUAGCUCGCUUGACGGGACGAUUCGAUUCUGGGACACAAAUACUGGUCGUCCACUAGGAAGCCCACUUCUCGGUCACAAAUCCAUGAUCAACGCGGUGGCAUUCUCUCCAGAUGGCUCGCGAAUCGUCUCCGGCUCUUCCGACAAAACAAUUAGGGUAUGGAACGCGGAAACUGAUGCGAUCUCAAAGAGCUCCAAUAGAAAUGAAGAAGCGCAUUCAGGCUCGAGCAGCCCAACAGAUGAUUCAAAAGGAAACCUUGUACCCGGAUUUGAGCAUUGCUCACUGUCCUGGGAUGGUUGGGUCCAAUCCUCGGGGAAAUAUCUCUUCUGGGUGCCACCAGACAAUCGGCAUGGACUACAGUACCCGCGUCUUCUUCUGACUAUACCGACAACGAGUCCAUUCCGUGCGACCAAGGUUGAUUUCAGUCGUUUUCAUUGUGGGCCUUCUUGGACAAGCGUUCGAACAGAUCUUGAUCAAUGA